ACCACCAGACAGUCUCCUCUCUCCGGCGGAAAAAAGCUCCCGUUCCUCCCACCUCCGCCGCGCCUCCGAUCGCUCGGCGGCCGCGGCCGCCGCCCGUCCGGCCGAACGAUGGCCGACGAUCAGGUCCCUCUCCUGAGCAACGGCGGCGAAGAGCCAUCCGCCGGUCGGCGCAGCCCGCGCGUCGCUUCGCUCGACGUGUUUCGCGGCCUCAGCGUCUUCCUAAUGAUGCUUGUUGACUAUGGCGGAUCAAUUUUCCCAAUCAUUGCUCAUUCUCCAUGGAACGGCCUCCACUUGGCCGACUUUGUGAUGCCUUUCUUCCUUUUCAUUGUCGGAGUGUCUCUUGCUCUUGUCUAUAAGAAAGUAACGAACCGGGUAGAAGCUAUGUGGAAAGCGGCUGUGAAAGCGGCGAAACUUUUUCUUCUGGGUGUUCUCCUUCAAGGUGGUUAUUUGCAUGGGAUAUCUUCCCUGACAUACGGAGUUGAUGUUGAAAGAAUACGGUGGUUUGGGAUUUUGCAGAGAAUCUCCAUUGGCUACAUUGUCACGGCUCUCUGCGAGAUUUGGCUUUCACAAAGGACAUGGCAACAAUGGCAUUUCGUAAAGAAUUAUUAUUGGCAUUGGUCUCUUGCAAUAUUUCUUUCAGUGAUAUACGUGGCUUUAUCAUAUGGUUUGUAUGUUCCAGAUUGGCAGUUCGAGGUUUCAUCCUUACCAGAUUCUUUGCUGGCAACGGAUGCUAGCACUUUUUACUCGGUGAAUUGCUCUGUCAGAGGUGAUCUUGGACCAGCUUGCAAUGCAGCUGGAAUGAUUGAUCGAUAUGUUAUUGGCAUUAAUCAUCUUUAUGCGAAACCGGUCUACCGGAAUUUGAAGGACUGUAACAUGUCUACCGGUGGCCAAGUUUCUGAGAAUUCACCAUCAUGGUGCCAUGCUCCUUUUGACCCUGAAGGUAUUUUAAGCUCCCUAACUGCUGCCGUAACUUGCAUUAUUGGACUCCAAUAUGGUCAUGUCCUAGCAAAUGUAUGGGAACCUAAAAGGAGAUUAGACAACUGGUUCCUGUUUUCAGCUUCAUUGUUUGGCCCAGGGAUUGUCCUUGCUUUAGUAGGAGUUCCAGUGAACAAAUCGCUGUAUACGAUCAGCUACAUGUUGAUUACUUCUUCAGCUGCGGGACUCACAUUUUGUGCUUUAUAUCUGCUGGUGGAUGUUCAUGGUUACAGGUUGUUGACUUCUUUGUUAGAGUGGAUGGGAAAGCAUUCUCUGAGCAUCUUCGUUCUCGUAACUUCAAAUGUUGCAGUUAUAGCCCUUCAGGGAUUUUAUUGGAAGGUCCCUGAAAAUAACAUUAGACCAGAGCAGCUCUUGUUGUUGUUGUUGGUGCUGCUGCUGUUGCUGUUGCUGUUAACCGAGAGAGCGGAGAAGAUGUCGAAGGAAGUGAGCGAGGAAGGGCAGACCCGGAAGGACUAUGUGGACCCCCCACCUGCUCCUCUCCUCGACAUGGCCGAGGUCAAGCUCUGGUCCUUCUACAGGGCCCUCAUUGCGGAGUUCAUCGCCACCCUCCUCUUCCUCUACAUCACCGUCGCCACCGUCAUCGGCCACAAGAAGCAGUCCGGGCCCUGCGACGGCGUCGGCCUCCUCGGCAUCGCCUGGGCCUUUGGCGGCAUGAUCUUCAUCCUCGUUUACUGCACCGCCGGCAUAUCUGGUGGCCACAUUAACCCGGCGGUGACAUUCGGGCUAUUUUUGGCAAGGAAGGUGAGCUUGAUCAGGGCAGUUUCGUACAUGAGCGCCCAGUGCUUGGGCGCGAUCUGUGGUGUAGGGUUGGUGAAGGCAUUCAUGAAGCCCUACUACAACACGCUCGGAGGUGGUGCCAACUCGGUGGCUUCGGGCUACAGCACGGGCACGGCUCUGGGAGCUGAGAUCAUCGGCACUUUCGUGCUGGUUUACACCGUGUUCUCGGCCACUGACCCGAAGAGGAGUGCUCGUGACUCUCACGUGCCCGUUUUGGCUCCACUGCCCAUUGGUUUUGCGGUGUUCAUGGUUCACUUGGCCACCAUCCCCAUCACUGGCACCGGCAUCAACCCGGCCAGGAGCUUUGGUGCCGCGGUUAUCUUCAACAACAAAAAAAUUUGGGACGACCAGUGGAUCUUCUGGGUUGGACCAUUUGUGGGGGCAUUAGCAGCAGCAGCAUACCACCAGUACAUUCUCAGAGCAGCUGCCAUCAAGGCUCUCGGAUCCUUCCGCAGCAACCCCACCAACUAAUAUUUUUUUUAAAAUUUUAUCCCAUUUGUUUGUUUGUGUGAAAGAGAGAGAACACUAUGAUGAUGGAUGGUGAUGGUGGUGAUGAUGGACCCCCUCUUAAUUUAUUGAUGCUUCGUUAUCUGUGGGUGGGUAGAAUUUGGACCUUGUAUCAUUAUUAUUGCUGCUGUUAUUAUUGUUCGUGAUUAGUGGUGGAA